AUGUCUCUCAAUCCUGAACAGCAAGCGCAGUUGCAGGCAAAGCUCCAGCAGGCGGUCAUUGACUGCAGCGAGCGGUGUCUCUACUUCUCUGCAAAAUGGGCGGCAGAACUCUCCAAUUCCUUUGCACCCACUACUAGCGAACCGGCGGACGACACUUCUGACACAGACAUCGACGAUGACACCGAGAUCCCUUCCAGCACCACCCGGACGAACCAUGACCGGAAGGAGGCCAGGCUGGAAGAAAGGGAGCUCUCAAGAUACCUGAUGGCAAAGUCGUUCUUCGACUGCAGAGAGUACGAUCGAUGCGCGGCUGUCUUCCUUCCAAACAAUGUCCCACACGGCAGACCUGCCCCAGGCAAUGCCUCUGCAACCAAGCUACCUGCCACGGGGUCUGGUAGACCGUCGAUGCCUCUGUCGGUCAAGCCGCCACAGUCCCAGGCCGCGAUGCUGCCCAAGAGGAUCAGCCAGAAGUCUCUCUUCCUCGGCCUCUAUGCUCGGUACAUGUCUGGCGAGAAGCGAAAGAACGAGGACUCAGAGACCGUCUUGGGACCAGCAGACGGACCAGUGACUCCCAACAAAGAGAUCGAUGGUAUCUUGGCAGUCUUGGAGGAGUACUUCACUGCUCGCGGCGGUCUGGACAACUAUGGUAAUUCUCAAGGUUGGCUGGAGUAUCUCUAUGGUUUGCUGCUUCUGAAGAGCAAAACAGAGAGACUGGCGACACAAUGGCUUGUUCGAAGCGUCAACAUCAACUUCUACAAUUGGUCAGCUUGGAUCGAGCUUGGUAGUCUGGUGGGCUCUCAGGAAGAGCUCCAGAUAAUCUGCGAGCGUCUACCGCAGAACGUGAUGACGUUGCUAUUCUACGUCAACUGCUGUCAAGAGCUUUUCUUGCAAACAGAGGGAGCGUACAACACUCUCUCUCAGAUGCAAGCCAUCUUUCCAAAGUCAGCUUGGCUGGCACAACAGAGCGCAACCCUGCACUAUCAUGCAAACGACCACGAAACCGCACUGCAGAUUUUCGACAACCUUCUUACAUCUCAUCCUCAGCGCUUGGACGGCAUGGACAUCUUCAGCAAUCUCCUGUUCGUGGUACCGAGUCGACCGAAGCUCGCCACCCUCGCGGCCACUGCCUCCGCUAUCGACAAGUUCAGACCUGAGACCAACAUCAUCCUUGGGAACUACUACUCCCUGAUCUCUGAGCACGAAAAGGCCGUCCUCCACUUCCGCCGUGCUCUCACACUCGACCGCAACUUCCAAGCAGCCUGGACAUUAAUGGGCCACGAAUAUGUCGAGCUCAAGAACACCCAAGCAGCCAUCGAAUCCUACCGCCGCGCCGUCGACAUCAACCGCAAAGACUUCCGCGCCUGGUAUGGUCUCGGCCAGGGCUACGAGAUGCUCGAGUGCUGGUCGUACAGCCUGUAUUACUUCCAUCGCGCUGCCGCCAUCUGCCCUCACGACCCGAAGAUGUGGGCUGCAGUCGGCAAUGCAUAUGCUAAAUGCGGCAAGCUCGGCAAUGCCAUUCAAGCCCUCAAGCGCGCACUUGGAGUCGGAAGCCAGAUUGAUCCCGGCUCGAGCUUCGGCACCAACACUUCCGACCCUCUCGCGAAUGCUGUCGGAGGCGCAUUGGAUCCCCAGAUCUUGUACGACAUCGCCCUUCUCUACGAACGUUCGGCCCGCGAGAACGAAGCUUCAGCGUUCAUGGAGCUGUGUCUGGCGCAAGAGGAAGGAGCGGAGGAGGGUGAUGAGGGCAUCGGCGUGACGCAAAUCACUUCUCGCGCGAGGCUGUGGUUGGCCAAGUGGUGUCAUCAGCGUGGGGACUGGAAGAGGACGAUGGAGUAUGCGAAUGAGCUGUGUCAGGAUGGGGUGGAGGUUGAGGAGGCGAAGGGGUUGGUCAGGGAUGUCAGGGCGAGGUUGGCGGUGCAGGAGAUUGAGGAGGAGGAUUGA